AUGAAGCUCGCUCUCCUCGUCUCUGCGCUUGCCGCCCUCGCUGCCCCCGCCGUCGCCCAGGUGCCCGACGCCUCGGCUGUCCGCCUCACGGGCGACUCGACGGCCGAGGACGUCGCGGGUACCAGCGCCGCGUCCAAGGCGAUCCUGGACUACCACAACAACCUUCGCUCGCAGUGGAGCGCGCCCGCCGUCCAGUGGGACGCCGGCCUCGCCAAGCAGGCGCAGGACGCGGUCAACACGUGCCAGGUGGGCGGGAACCAGAAUCUCGGCUGGCAGACGUGGUACUGGGCCGGGAGCUGGGGCUCGCGCCCGCGCUUCACGGCCACCGAGGCCAGCGCGUACUGGGCGCGCGGGGCGGACGCGCACAAGACGGGCGGCGGGAGCAACACCGACUCGUUCGCCAUCGGCGUGUGGAAGAACCAGGAGGCCGUCGGGUGUGCCUGGAAGUCGGGCUGCAAGCGCGGCGACUGGAACGGCCCGACCAUGACCUGGCUGUGCCUCUACGACAACCAGUGGGACGGCUCCGACGCCAACGCCAAGGAGAACGUCGGCCCCUUCAAGGGCUAA